AUAGGUAUAUAUUCUAUAUUCUGUAAAGUUUGGACGCCAUUUUGGAUAAUUUGGUUCACAAACUAGUAUACAGAAAAUUUUCCAUAUAUAUUUAUUAGUUUACAGCCUUUACAUAAGUGCGCUGUAAAAAAUUACGAAAAUCGAGUUAAUGAAACGUUUUUAUGAUUUGUGGAGUUGAAAUGUCAAACAUCAGUAUAAACUAAGCGUUAGUUCAAAGUACCCCAGUUUCUCUGAGUUUAAAAGUAGGUUAAAGGGCAAAAAAAAAGGUAAAAAUCAGUUUAUAGAUGUGCUUGAAAUAUUUUCCGUAACUUAACACUAUUUCCUCUUUUACCUGGGCAUUGGGUGUGUUUACAUAUAAAAUUAUACAAAUAUUUGUAUUAUACAAAAAUAUGACUUAAAUUUUUAUUAGCUAUCUACUUUCCUUGAUGCAAUAUUCUUUGAUACGUACAUCGGUUCAUACACGUGUGCUUGCAAUCAUAUAAACAUACAUAUUUUUGAUUCGUGCUUUGCUUUCUAGGUGUAAAUUCUGUGAUUAAGAUACAAAUGUGUAAAGGUUGCUAGAUACGUGUUACCUACCUUUGAAAUACCAAUUGUAAGUUGUGUAGUGCUCCAGCAUUAGUGAAUUGAAUAAAAAAUUAAUAUGAUAUUUGUUGGGCGUAAACUAUUAGGCGAUUUAAUUCAUCGUUGCCCCCUUGGCGCAGAGGGAAAACAUACGGAGGUGAUUCUACUCAUUGUCGUAAUUUAGUGUACUUUCAGGACACGAAAUGAAUGUACAAAAAUUUAAAAGAAGUACCAGAAAAAUUUCUUGUAAGUUGCUUUGCGUGAAUGUAAAUCGGCAACAGCAGAAGCGAAUUUGCAGGAAACAAGCAAUAAAAGUUCGAAAUUACGGGAGAAUUUAUAAAAAAGAAAUUCGCUUUAAGGCGAAGUGCUUACCGGUGUUUCCACGAUGUCGUAUGUUUCUAUUUCGCUCUCUUAUUUGUAAUUCGCCUUCCAAUCAUUAUGCGUUUGUGUAGUUUUGUACAUAUGUACAAUAUAUAUUUUCAAUAUACUGUGUAUACUGAUGGUGCAUUAAUCAGUUUCAAAUUAGAAACAUGAGGGUCAGGUAAAGAUCUUUGUUUACUUGUUAUAAUACAAAUCAGUUAUUUUAUUGCUUCCUUGUCAACAAUUUUGUUUGCUUUUUUGGGAAAAUCAUUUAAAUUUUUGACCAUAUUUGAUUUUGCAUUUUCUCGUGGCAUUUGUACUCUAUCAGGUCUAUUCUGUCCAGACCAAACAACAGCAUAUAUAUCUGCUGGCGAAAUAUUAACAGGUAGGGUCAGCUGGUAAUGUGCUAAUAUCGUUGCACGGCUGAAAAAAUAAUUUAAACCUUCACUUCAUAAUAUGAAACGCAGUGCUUCAGGAGAUUCACCAAGUCGAGCCAAUCAUUUAGGACGUUCAUCACACGGUAGAACAAUUAUGGGUCGUGGUUAUGAUAAUGGUAGUGGUGUGCCGGGUGAUUCGCCGGAACGAAUGUCACCAGAUCGCAUACGCCGUCGCAUAGGUCGAUCACCUAGUCCACGUGCACGUUACGGUGUUUCACCACAUCGUGAGGAGUAUUUACGAGGGCCACCACCAGUGGCGGAUAGACCAACUUAUAAGGUGCUCUGUGUUAGCGCAUUGCAUCCAAAGGCUUCUGAUGAUUUUAUUAAGGAAACAUUAUAUCGGGAAUACAAGAAAUUCGGUGACUUCAGCAUUCGUAUCUCACAUGAUUUGGAUGAACGUGUUGCGUACGUUUGUUUCCGUACAUCUGAAGAUGCUCGUGAGGCAAAACAUCAUAAGCCCCGUAUUGUAUUAUACGAUAAAAUGGCUUUGGUCGAACCUGUUUACGAAUCAUCUUCACACAAUGAAUAUAGACCCCGUGGACGUUCAAUUACUCCACCAGAAUAUGAACGCUAUCAUUAUCCACGUUCGCCCAUGGGUCCAGCCGGUCCAAUAGAACAUCGUAGACCACCACUCGAUCCAUACGAGCGUUAUGGACCACCAAUGCAUCCACACGGACGUUCCCGUGAAUAUCGUGGUCCCAUACAUCAUGAAUACCCACUUCCACCACGUGGGCCGCCAAUGCAUCGUGUACCACCACAUUUACAUGGACCACCGCCACCACAUCAAUAUGCGCCAAUGCGUCAUAUGGGACCACGUCCUCAUGUCCCUUAUGAGAAGCCCGAGAGUAAGAAAGAUAAAUUUCCAAAUUAUCUUCACCACGUACAGCCCGAAGAUGAUCCACUUGCAACGCGUACUCUUUUUGCUGGAAAUUUAGAAGUUAAUAUCUCAGAUGAAGAAUUGCGUCGUAUUUUCGGUAAAUACGGAAUUGUUGAUGAUAUUGAUAUAAAGCGUCCGCCACCGGGCACAGGAAACGCUUUCGCUUUUGUACGUUAUCAGAAUUUAGACAUGGCACAUCGUGCUAAGAUUGAGCUAUCUGGUCAAUACAUUGGCAAGUUUCAAUGCAAAAUUGGUUAUGGUAAAGUGACACCGGCUACACGCAUAUGGAUAGGUGGUUUAGGAGCUUGGACUUCGGUCACACAAUUGGAGAGGGAAUUUGAUCGAUUUGGUGCCAUAAAGAAAAUAGAGUAUCAAAAAGGUGAUACAUGCGCAUAUAUACAAUAUGAAACAAUCGAAGCAGCCUCUGCUGCAGUCAAGGAGAUGCGUGGAUUUCCAUUAGGUGGACCCGAGCGUCGUUUACGUACCGAUUUCGCUGAAUUACCUGGUACUACACCAGCAGCACCAUUUAAGACUAAGACAUAUGAAGAAGCUCCGGAAUAUAGGCGUCCGGAAUACGAUUAUCACUACGAAGAAACUCCACACUAUGCACCUCGUGGAGGUUAUUCACCCUAUCCACCACGUGGUGGUUAUAGAGGGCGUGGUGGUUACCGUGGUCGUGGUCGCGGCUCAUAUCAUGUAUAUCACAAUGAUGUACACCGUCCAAUGCAUGGCAGCUCUGUUUCAUCAAUGCCGCCACCGGCGGGUGCUGAGGAUGAAUGGCGCCGUCCUCCAGGCGACUCAUAUGAGCGAGCACGUUCAGGUUCACGUGAACCAGGCGCUGAUCGGUCACGUUCACGUUCACCACAUAAACGUGCACACUCACCUGAGUCCGAUUCUGAUUCAUCAUCACGUCGUAACGGUGCUUUGAGUACCGCACGUACUCUGCCUGAUAUUGCUCGUAAGUGCACUGUCAUAUGGCAGGGUGCGCUCAUAUUGAAGAGCUCACUAUUUCCGGCUAAAUUUCAUAUGACCGAUGGCGAUGCUGACAUUGUCGAUUCAUUGAUGCGCGACGAAGAGGGCAAACAUAAUUUACGUAUAACACAACGUUUGCGUCUGGAUCCCCCAAAAUUGGAAGAUGUACAAAAACGUAUUAGCUCAUCAUCUUCGCAUGCAAUAUUUUUGGGAUUAGCUUCGUCUGCUGCAACCACACUCGAGGAUAGCAGCGUACAAACGCGACCAUUACGUAAUUUGGUGUCGUAUUUGAAGCAAAAGGAGGCCGCUGGCGUCAUUUCACUAUUAAAUAAAGAUACUGAAGCUACUGGUGUAUUGUAUGCGUUCCCUCCAUGUGAAUUCUCUACUGAAUUGCUAAAGCGUACAUGUCAAAGUGUGUCUGAAGAGGGUCUCAAAGAAGAUCACCUAGUGGUUGUAGUUGUAAGGGGUGGCACCGCUUAAAUAACAAUAUCAAGUAGAGGCAACAGCCAACUAUUUUUUCAAUUAUAAAUCGCUUUCAGUGCGCUAAAAUAUUUAGUCAAAAAGGCAAUUCUUUUAAAAACGCGUCGGUAGUGAAUAAUAAUAUAUACCGAAAAGCUGAAGUUUACAUAAGACACAAUCAACAUAAUUUUUAAAGUAAGUUAGAUGUAGUAGUAUUUCAAAGAACAACUACACUUCUAUUUAAUUUAAACAUGUGGAAAACGAGUAAAAAGUUAAGACACUUGCAGGAAGAUUUAAAUGAUAAACUAUCAGAACAACUUAAAUUUAUUUAAUUUUUUUUUCAUAAGAGAAAGUUCUCACGUAACAUUGCAGAUUUUAAAGCCCAAUUAUGGUAAAAUCACAAUUUCUGCUUUUUGUUGGAAUUAUUUGCUGUCUUAAUAUUUUACUCGCCCAAAAUAUAUAAUAUAUAGUUUUCAACACAUUUUUCAGUUCAUUAUUUCUAGCAUACAUAAUAUAAAUUUUAAAAUCAUACAAUCACUUUAGUACAUACAUAAAUACGUAAACACUUAAACAAGUUGAUACUUUAUAAAUGCAAAUAUUUGUGCUCAUGAUUUUUAGUUCGAGAAGUGAAUAAGUUGCUAUUGUGCCAAUUUUGUGAAGUUUAAGUUGAUCAAUUAUCUAAUCAUCUAAACUCAACAUAAUAACCAUUAUACAUAUAGUAUUUGAAAGCUAUGUAUAUCUAAACUUUCUUCAUAAAUAUUUAGUGUAAUCAUAAAAUUUUAUCAAACAAAUUGUAAAAAAAAAAAUCAACUAAAUUGUGGUACAUACCUACAAGUAAAAUAAUUAUUUUCUAGUUUUGUACGCGUGGUGAAUUCAAUCAGAGCUUCAACGAAGAAUUUAAAUUUGGUAGUGCAGUGUGGCUCUGGCUAUCUUCCAAUGGUGAGCGUUAAUUUUCAACAAGUGUUUGUGUUUUUUAUAGCGGAAUUGGUGGCUGAGAAAAUUUGUUUGUGUUGAGUUUAUUAAUUUUUUUUUUUCAGUUGAGUUUGUGUUUUUUUUUUUUUUACAUUUUCCUAUAAUAAAAAAUCUACUCCUACAAAAGUAAGGUCAGUUUUAUAAUUUUAUCCGAAGAACAUUGUUUUGCAAUUCAACGACUGAUCUAAGAACAAAGUGAAGUUCAAUACUACCCAUAUGAAAGAAGUUUCAGUUCGGAACUUGUGCAGUUCGUCUCUGAGGCAAACAUAGUUGUGCCAGUGUGGAUAAGAUGCAAUUUAAAGAUGGUUUAAAGUGAAGCAUUAAGAGAAUUGCAGGUGGUGCUUGUGGUGGUGUCAUGUAGUGGGUGUUUGGUGGUAUAUAUUCCAAAAUUACAAUUGGUUACUGCUUGAAAUGCAAACCCUGUACACAGUAAGCAGCGAAUUGUGCUUAGUUAAAAAUGGAAAGUGUAAACGUUUGUGGCAGAAAUUGUCUAUAUGACUCCAUAUGAAGUUGUUCAAUAUUUUUGAGAGGGUGUUGCUUGGUGGUACCAACAAAGAAAUAGUAAAAUUCACCUUUUGCCUGUUAAUUUCUACCUAUGUAUUUCAUAUGAGUGGUUUAAUACAGCAUUAACUUUCCGGUGCUUCAAUGCCCAAUAAAAGAUCUCAGUGCAUUAUGCGCAAAAAUACGUUGUUUGUCGCAAUCCAAAAUCGACGCGAGUGCCAAACGAGCGAGAGUGCGUCCGCCUGUGACUUCUGGAGUACACCUCCUCCAAUCUCUGUGGGUGCAAUAAAGAAAUGUUAAGUUUUUGAAACCAUGCUAAGAGAACCACGUGUAGCGUUUGUUUAAAAUGUAUUGCUACAUAUAAAGGGUUUUUUCGAAUGCUACAUUGUUUUCUUAAAUUUGGGCAAAUACCUCAAGUGUACUGUCUCAUACUGUUUAUUGUUUUUCAUAGUGAAAUGCUAUCACUGCACACAAUUUUUUUUAAAUAUAUACUAUUUUUUUUUUUUUUAAAUAAGAGCCACGUUUGCAAAUAUGAUUUUGAAAGUUCAAAGUAAAUGAAGAUGAAAACGUAUGAGAUUUAUGUAUUUAUAAAAUUAUUGAAAAUAUUAAUUUUUGAUGUGUAACUUAUGUAUUUGCAAAUAUAUCUAAAUAUGGAAUGAUUUAAACUAUUGGCAUGCUUGUAACGUAUAAAACAAACCUAUAAAAUGAGAAAUCAAAAGAGAAGUGCGUUAAUUGUAAACCAUAGUAAUCAUAAUAUCUGAAUUACUUACAUUAAUUACUCAAAAUAAAUAAUAAAUAUGAAAAAA